AUGGCGCUUUCUGGUGCGGGCGUAAUUGCUUCGGUCGUAGGUAUCCUCGGCGGCUUGUCGCUAUCUUGUGGCGGUUGGUCUUCUCUCUCUCUUGGUGCUCGUUCUCUCUUUGUGACGACUCAAUUUCUAUCGGCCUUUGCCAUGGGAUUUGUGAUUGCAUUUACUGCAAUCGUGUCAUUAAGUGAUACAAAUGAAUGGGUCGCUAUUGCUGCUGGGAGUGGUGCUGGCUUUCUUGUUGCCUUAAUUGUUGGAUUUGUGACAUUUUGCGGUCCAUAUAUCUUGAUUUUGGUCACAAGUGGUCUCAUUGGUGCUUAUUUGUUACUAUUUGAUGCCUUUAAUGGGAUUAAUGUGUUUCCAGCUGACAAUCAAUUGGCUCGACAAGAAUUUAUCGUUGCUUUUAUGAUUAUAUUUGAACUCAUUUGUUGUUCAACGUCCAAGACGACGGAAUUAGAAAAUCAUCGAUUUAAAUAUGUGAUUUUCUCUUCGAUUACAGGCGGUUGGUUGGCGGCCGAUGGGAUUUCACGUCUCAUUGAUUCAGCUGCUGUCUUAUCGGAUGUAGCAUUUCAAUCGAUUCAACAAGGUGGAAAAGCUGCGGUGACUGGCAUGGAUGGAGCAUCCCAGACAUUAAUGUUUGUCAUUUGGGGUGCUGUUGUUCUCAUUGGUGGACUCAAUCAACUCUCGAUGCGAUGGGGACUCAUGUGUUACAAUCGUGUUGGUGCUCAUGCUCAACUUGGUCCCGUUGAAGAGCAAUUGCCGGAAUUACCCACGGGUGCCACGCUGCCUGCUCAAGUUAUGACUGAACGUGUACGUCUUGUAUGCGAGAAUUGUUUUGCGACAGUUCCUAGUGGCACUGCUUUUUGUACCGAGUGUGGUGAAGCAAUGCCUUCGGACGAUGCCAAUCCGGACGUUAGUAUCUCGCAAGCACAGAUGCCGUCUGUUGCUAUGAAUAGCAAGACUCAAGCACCUGAUCGCUGGCAACAAGUGCCACAUCGAACAUACCUUAGUACGACAUCUUUCGUUGACCCGAAGCAUGCAAAAGAAGGUGGUGUUAGUAUGAAAGAUAAUGGUCGAAGCAUUCGUUUUAUGGACUCUGGUGUGCAAGGUCCUGACGGCAAGAUGAGCCAGUAUAAUGAUUCUAUUGCUGGUGUUCGCAACUACUACGAGCCUUCGUUCCGAUCGUUUGCCAUGUCAACGUACUCGAUUGCUAAUCGCGCUGCUGAGCCUGUUGAAACACCCAAUAUCCGCAAGUACAAGAUGUCAGGCAGCGGAAUGUUUCAUGUGUUUUACUUUGGCACGGCGGCCACUGGUAUUGUUUGGCUGUACUACCUGACUACAAUGUACCCUCAGCAGUAUUUUUGUGAUCACGCUCGUCCAACACUGCCGUGCAAUGCGUUGCCUACUAGUGAGGUUGCGGGCUGCUUUAGUUCGACGGUGAACUUUGAUGCCGAUUCUGGUGAUGGAUAUUGCAUCAGGGACGUGCCGUUUAUGUCAUGGGUCAUGUACGCAAUGAUGAUUUUCACAUUUGACUCGAUUGGUGGCAUUCAGUAUGGUACCCAGACAGAAGAUGCUUACACUGGUAAUGUGUUGCAUACUUCUGGUUGGGACUCGGUGUACUUUCGUAAGGAUUUUGAAGGUGAUGCGAAGGACCGUAUUCGUCUAUGUGAAGGUGCGGUGCCGGAAACAGUGGCUGCUGCCAUGGGUCAGAAGAAGCGUUGGGCUAAGGGUGCUGUGCAGAUUUUGCUGAUGAAAAAUGAGAGUGAGGUCGACCCGGAUUGGCGUCCACCGCGCGUGCCUGCCCCAGACCCAAAGCCGUCACUUACGUUCCCACGUAAGAUGUUUUUCUACGAUUCGGUGCUGUACCCCUUCGGUUCGAUUCCUGCCUUGUGUUACGUAUCGAUUGCUGUCUACUAUUUGUGUACGGGCGACGCUCCGAUCUACGCUCGUGGAACUAAGUUCCUGUACUCUUUCUUGCCCGUGACGUUUUGUCGUUGGGUACUGAAUCUGCUGGCUAAUCGUGCUGUCGACAACAAUGACGUGUGGCGUGCGCAGCAGACAUGGUUUUCGUUUUCGUUCAUUACGAUGAUGGCUAUCAUUGAAGCCAUCCAGGCGCGAAUGACGGGCAAGGACAAGUCGUGGGCAAACACUGGUGCCGGUCAGAAGACGUCGUGGACAGAAAUUCCAAACGUGCUUUUUUUCUUUACGCUGCUGUUCAGUCAGUUGGUGGCGCUUAUUCGUUUCUUCGAGUACGAAAACGCCACGAACCCAUGGAACUACGUGUCGUCCAUGUUUUUUGGCUUCUUCGUUAUGAGCCAGUUCUACCCCAUGGUCAAGAUGAGUAUCACGGAGUACUGUGGCUGGGAUCACACUGCCGCUACAUUUACUGCGAACGUGUUUGGUUCGCUGCUUGUAGUCUAUAUUGUGGUAUUUGUUCAGCUGUGGCAGGUUUACUACGCGGGCAAUCUCCAGGUGGCCCAGGGCACAGAUGGAGGAGGAUCUACUGCGACUUAG